AUAUGAUACAGGAAUUUCAUUAUUUACUAAUUAUUAUUCAUUAUUUUUAUUAAAAAUUAAGAAAUACAUUUGAAUUUAUUUACCACAUAGUAAUAAUAAUACCAAAUGUAGUUGUAUGCUACACUAUAGAGUUGUCAUUAUUUUUUGUAAAUUUUAAUUUUUUGAUUAAAAUUUAUCCUUAAUUGUACUUAAACAUGGUAUAUAAUAAUUAAAAAAUUGUGUUAGUAAUUGUAUUAUAAAAUGUCUGACGAGACUCUGGCCUUGAUCAUUGACACGGGUUCAGCCGUCACUAAAGCCGGGUUUGCCGGCUCUGAGACUCCGAAAGUUAGAUUUCCAACUCUUGUUGCAAUUGAUGGUAAUCAAGAAUCUGACGACCCUUUGGUUGGAAAUGGAGUUCUGGAAAAACUCGACAAACUCAACUCAAAUAAAUCCCAAGAAUUGGCCAGUUUUGAGGUAUACAGGCCAGUUCAACAUGGAAUCGUCAGGAAUUGGGCCUUAGCUGAAAGCGUUUGGCGUCACACAUUCACUAAUGAGUUAAAGAUAUCGCAGGAGGAACAUCCGGUGCUUCUCACGGAGCCUCCAUUGACUCCUAAGUUACACCGAGAGUUGUGUUGUCAAUUGUUUUUUGAGUCGUUUGGAGUCCCAGCUCUGUACCUUGCCACUACUUCUUUAUUAUCGAUGUAUGGUUCUUCAAAGACUAGCGGUUUGGUGUUGGACAUUGGCGAAGGUGUUGCACACUCAGUUUUGAUACAUGAAGGCUGUAUAAUGCCCUAUGCGAUAACCCGUCUGGAUAUGGGUGGAUUUGACUUGACUUCUCAGAUUGUUAAGGCUGUUGAACCACUUCGUGCUAACACUCCCUACGAUCGCAGGAUUGCUAAGGACAUUAAGGAGCAGUGCUGCAGGGUUUCACUGGACUUUGACGCUGAGUUAGCAGAAAUUGAUCGAGACCCAACUGCUCACUCCAAGACCUUUAAACUCCCAGACGGCACUACUGUGAGCCUUUCCAGGGAAUGCAUUACUUGUCCGGAGAUCCUAUUCAAGCCCGAGCUUUCUUACAGGCGUUGUCCAAAUCUUCCUGAGAUUUGUUAUCACUCUGUUCGAAUGUGUGAACCUGAGCUUCACCGCACUAUGUUUUCCAACAUUCUACUUACGGGCGGUUCUUCCAUGUUUGAUGGAUUCCUGGAACGCUGCGAGCGAGAAAUCUCAGCUCUAGUGAACAAGAACGUGCCGGUCAAAGUCCUUUCUAGUUCCCACCAACGCGACCUUUCCGCCUGGAUAGGAGCUUCCAUCGUCGCAAACCUUCAAAGUUUCCAGCAAAUGUGGGUCACUAAAGAGGAAUACGAUGAGGCCGGGCCCACAGUAAUACAUCGCAAAUGUUUCUAAUUUAACAUCUAAAAUGCAAUAAAUAUACUUUUCAAGUGA